AAAGUGAGAAUAAAUUACAAUAUAGAUCUUACACAUUCAACAAAUGCCGAACAUGCAUUUAUUGGGACAAAAGAUGCCUUGGAUUAUAAAGAUUGCAGAUCAAAGUGUUGCGAUGAUGCCAACUGUAACAUUGCCGUGUAUAACAAGGCCAAGGACAGAUGUUUCUUAAUUCGUUGCUUUCCUCUCGAGAACUGUAAAUUCCGUCAAAUGUCUGGGUACACAAGUGGCCUCCUCAAUAGAGAUUUCGUUGGAAACACUGAUGAUAACAAAGACAAUAACAUUCGAGAGGAUACAAUAGCAGAUACAACGACUACAACAAUAAGAACAACAACAACAACAACACUAAUGUCUACCACAGCAGAAAUUACCACUACCACUCC